AUGGAUUACAACUUCUAUGAUGCUUCGCAGCAGCCCUACCAAUAUAUGGGCAUGCCGGCCAAUGCGUAUGCGAACGCCGGCGUCGAUCCGGGGGCAAUGCGCAGUGUGGAGUCUCUCGACGCAGGGCUAUACCAAGGCGGCUACGAUGCCUUCACAUUUCAUGGUCUACCGACACCGCAGCACGGUGGCUCGCCAGAAAAUGCCAUUCAACUGCCUCAUCCUUUGCCAACGGUUAAUAGCGUAGACUCGGGAUUGGGCGGAGAAAUAGACGAGAGCGGCAUGACGAGAGCACGAAGCAGCAGCGAAGAGAAGGAAACAAACUUGACGCCUGCACAGAGCAGGCGAAAGGCUCAAAACAGAGCAGCUCAACGCGCCUUCCGUGAACGAAAGGAACGCCAUGUGCGCGACCUCGAAUCGAAGCUCAACGACCUCGAAAGCAACACACAUUCGCUACAGUCAGACAACGAGCGCCUGAAGCUGGCUCUGCAGCGCGCCCGCACUGAAAACAAGAUACUCCGCGCCACAUCUGGCCAAUCGCCUUCUUCAUCACGCAGAGUCUCGGCUAGCUACCCUUCGCCAGGGGCACUCCUACCGGAUGAGGAAAUGGAGGAGGAUGGAUACAAUGUGCAGGUACUCGGUAACGGCAGUGUUGUCAACGCCGCCGGCAAAGAUCAUCCUGCCUCGCGCCACAUCUCCAAGGGUAUAGAGGUACCAGCUGCUCAAGCUUGGGACGUCAUCCAGUCGCAUCCACUAGUCAAGCAAGGUCUGGUCGAUGUCACAGAUGUCGUUGAGCGUCUGCGAGGGGCGGCGAAAUGCAACGGUCACGGCCCAGUCUUUGAAGAGAGCACGAUCUGGCAAGCUGUCGAAGCAUCGAGGCGCAGUGGCGGCGACGAGCUUAUUUGA